AUGUCCCCAGCGGAUGGCCUGGUGCAGCGUGAUGCUGGCCAAGGACCACUUCCGAGUCUGGAAAGGACGCUGACAGGUAACACUGGGGCAAAGCCUGAAACUGAAGCAGAGCUUCAAGAUUUGGUCAACCAGCUCUUCUUUCUGGCAGACGUUGACGGCAGUGGAACGAUUCAGUUCAAAGAGUUCCUGGAUCAUCACGGCCGGGUUCAUGAAAUUGCAGCAGAAUCCCUUGGACGUGCCGAGGUCUUGUCGAGCGAGGAGGCACAGAGGCUCUUCCGUCAAGCGGACCGAGACCACAACCACCGGCUCGAUCGAGAGGAGUUCUUCGACUACAUGCACGGGCUUCUGAAUGUCAUUGGUAUCAAGCAGUUCAAGAGCGUGUGCGAAGUUCUCGUGAAAGAAGAGAACCUUCGCCGAGCCCUCAUGGCCGAAGGAUUCGACCGGAAAUCGUCAGAACGGCUGCUUGAGCAGGCCACAGUCGCAAAUUUUUACAAAGAGCCGAUGAAGGAGGCGGCUCUCGCCCUUCUUCAUAGCCGGGCUGAUCCGAAUAUUGCUGACAAGAGCGGGACGACUGCGCUGCUGCAUAUGUGCGGAAAGAUGGAGGCCAGCUUCGCCAAGCAACUUCUCGGUGCUCGCUGCGACCCGCUGCGGCACAACAAGGACUUUGAUUGCCCCAUCUUCCGCGCAGCACGUGCGCGGCACAUGGGCGUGCUGACUGUCUUCUUGCAGCCAGACUGGAGCCCCCCAGCGGAGGGUGCUGCCUUCGAGGAGAACUCCCCAGAAGCGAGGCAGCAACUCGGGGAGGAUUUGGUUAAGCAGAUGCACCAGUGGUCUGGUACUCAAGUCAAGCAGAUGAUUGCGAAACGUGCGGACCUGAACUACAAGGCGCUGAAUGGUUGGACUCCUUUGACUAUGGCGGUUUUCUAUGAUCGGAAGGAGUGUGUCGAGGCCCUGAUUCGCAUUCAGGAUCCGCUGAGAGGUCUGAAGCUACAGAUGCAGGGCAGGAAUGCGAGAGGGCGAGCGGCGCUACAUGUGGCAGCCCGGAAGGACCUCCCAGAGAUCGCCAAGCUCUUGAUCAGCAACGGUGCCGAUCCUGACGUCAAGGACGUAGAUGGAUGGACUCCCCUGCACCAUGCCUGUUUCAAUGGAAAUUCGGGCAUGGUGAAGGAGCUGCUCCAUGGCGGUGCCAACCUUUACAUUCGAGGCACCGGAGGUUUCACGCCUUACAUGGUCACGAAGCUGCCACAGAAGGCUACGGAGCUGAACGACGCAGCGCUUGGCCUGGUGCAGCCCAGUGAAGGAGUUGAUUUCUCAAAGCGCAUAAUCCCCAUUCUCAAGGAUGAGCAAAUGACGCCGCUGCAAAAGAUUGAGGAGCUGCUGAUGCUCCCGGGAGUCCACCAGCACCCUGACCGCCUCCGCUUGCACGAGAACUUCUUUCACGCGGCUAAGGGGCCCAACAAGGUUAAGUUGAAGCUUGUCUGGACGCACCUCAUCAUGCCCCUGCUGCCUCGGAUACGCUCUGGAGAGGUGGACAUGGAAACUGUCCCUGGUGCGCAUCUGUCGGACGAGGGGAAGGCUGCGCAUCUUGCGGAAGUCGAUCGACGCAGGCAGCUUCAGACUCAUUUUUUCCGACAUUGGCUUCUGGAGACCAGGGGACCUCGGCCAAACUCGCUUUGGAAGUUUGACAACCGGGAAGCCUAUAAGACCGAGUUGCAUAAACUUGUGGAGCACGAGCUUGACAACUUCAGAGAUCAGUUCAAUCUCCUGUACACCAAGCUAACAGACGAGGACGAAGAUGGUGACAAGCUGGUACUUCAAUGUUUCUGUUUCGAUCUUGCAAGGCCGCUGCUAUCCCAGAUCAACACGCUUGCAUUCCCGGUGUGGGUUGAGCAGCUGGAUGUUCCGGAAACUUUGGAGCAGUUCCGCUUGGUGGGUGCUGCUGGAAUGGCAGGUAAGACUGAUGCUGGAGCACGGCUGGAAUUGGUUGAGUUGCUCACCAUAUCCCACACGCUGCGGUGUGGUCGACCGUUCUGGCGGAAUGCAUAUCGGACUUGGCUGCUGCAGUGUGCGCAGCUUCUGGACCAUGAGUGUAACAGGAAGAUGCGGGGCAUCGUGGAGAAGUUCAACACUGAGCACCAGACGGAGGCGAGAAAUGGUUACCGUCAUGGCCCAGUGAAGACGGAGGAAAGAACUAGGCACAAGGAGCGAGCUCUCGGCUUGAAGCCAUCUGCUGACACCUUCGAAGGUCGGACUACGGCCUCGCAAGUCUUGGACAUGGUCCGUGGCACGGCAGGCUGCUUAGCGCUUCGAAUGCUGGACCUCUUCAGGAGCUUGGACAAAUCGCUGGAUCGGCUCCUGCUAGUUCGGGUGAUCAACCGCUACCACCCGGAGUCCGAGACCUUUUGUGGGCACAGAUUUAUCGAAAUGAACGUCCUAUUCCGCAAUGGCGUCAGGGCAGGAGCAUGUGGGCGGGAAGGGAAGUCCAUCGACCUGGCAUUGGUUGGCGAGGUAUGUAUCGUCCUGGAUGACUGGCUGAAAGUUCACAGGCAAAGGCACCUGCUCUACAAGUUGCAGCAAGGCUUUUUCGACUGGGCACCAGAGGAUGAAGAGCCUGCAGAUGAGGGGGAUGACUUUCUUAGCACAUUGUCUCUUGGAGGAGACUUCCUCAAUCUGGAUGGCGAAUGA